AUGUUAUGUGCACAAUGUCAAGGUCCUCAUUUAUCACUCAGUAUGGAAUGUCCUAUGGUUAACAAAUUUAGACAAAUAUUAAAAGAUGAAGUUAAACAUGCAAUUAAUGAAGGAUUAAUACACCAAGUGCACAUUAAGAAGAAGUCUGAAAUAUUGAACAUGAAAACAACACAAUAUUCAGCUCAAGUAUCAAAUGUUGAAACAUUAUCAGCAUGGAAAAGUGAAAGUGGUUCAUCUUGUAAUACUUCAAGCCAACUUGAACAAAAACAAUUCGGUGAGGUAGUCAAUCGUUUAAAUGAUGUUUUAGACAUUACAUGUCGAACCGAAUGCAAAAUUGACAAGCAAGUUACACGAACUGAUCAAUUAAAAAUUAAAAUCAGUAUAAUAAAACAAGGUUUAACAGAUUUAACAAAAACAAUGAAAUCGACAAUUACUGCCUUAUUAGACAAGAAAAAUAAACAACAAUUAAAUAAAUUGUGUUGA